AUGGCCGAUACUAAUGGUACCAGCCGAAAGGAAGACAACUGUCUUGAAAAGGAGCUGCCAGAGGUGGAAGGUCUGGUAAUUCGCACACUGGAUGACCCACGUGUGGUGGAACGUGUUCGUAUACUAGAUCAGUACUGCCUUGCUGUAAAGUACCACGACCAGUAUUAUGAUAAAUAUGUAAGGCCGUGCCCUCAUCAAUACAAUCAGCUCGCCUUCUACCAUGAUGUGCUGGUUGGUAGCUGUACGUGUCGUCUGGAACAAACAGACAAUGAGGAUGAAUUACGUCUCUAUGUUAUGACUAUAGUGGUUCUUGAGCCGUAUCGCCAUCUUGGCAUUGGAAGCCAUUUGCUGACAAGAGUUUUGAAAAAUGUGGCGGAAGAAACGAAGGUUCGCAUUGGAGAAGUAACUCUGCAUGUACAAGUAGGUUCUCCAGCAUUUGAAUUUUACAAAAAGUUUGGUUUUGAGGUGGUGGAAAGGGUGGAAAACUACUAUUCAGGUCUUGAUGAGACUGACGCAUUUUUUCUGCGCAAAGUGGUGCCACAACCGCGACUUAAGUCUGCACAGCAGCAACAGAAUCAACGGCCUAAGGCUAGUGGAGCUAAAAACGGAAAGAAAAAGUGA